AGUGUGGGGGAAGGGCGGUAGUGUGGCCCUUGUAGAGGAAGUGUUGGCCCCCUGCAGAGAGGAGGAGGGAGGAGGUUGUGUCGUACAAUCUGGGUGAGGAGUUGUGUGUAGUCAGUGCUGGGGAGGACAAGGAGGAGGUUUACAAUGGAGAUGUUUGUGUUUCUGUUGACCAUCCUCCCAUGUGUGGCAUCAAUGACCCUCUCUGACCCAUCAGAAUGCUCCGAGUCCUCUCUAAGCUUCGCAGUAAUAGGCGACUGGGGCGGCCUACCCCUCCCUCCAUACCACACCAAGCAGGAGACCUACGUCGCAGCUGAGCUGGGCAAAACUGUGGCCAACUGGGGAGCUGACUUCAUCCUGUCUGUUGGAGACAACUUCUACUAUGAGGGUGUGAAAGAUGUUCAAGACCCCAGAUUUGAGUCAACGUUUGAGUCUGUGUUUACUGCAGAGUCCCUACGCAACGUCCCCUGGUAUAUUGUUGCUGGAAACCACGACCACUAUGGAAACGUCACGGCUCAGAUAGAGUACUCCAAAAUAUCCUCUCGCUGGAAAUACCCAGACUUGUACUACGACCUGUCCUUCAAGAUUCCAGACACCAACGCAACGGUGCGUCUCCUUUUGCUGGACACCGUAGUCUUGUGUGGCAACUCUGAUGACUUCAUUGGGGGUCAACCACUGGGUGCCGCAAACCCAAAGGUGGCUAAUAUACAGCUUGACUGGCUAACAAAGAAACUGGAGACUGCCAAGGAGGACUACUUACUGGUGGCGGGGCAUUACCCGGUGUGGUCCAUCGCUGAACAUGGCCCUACUCACUGCCUUCUGCACCAUGUGGAACCCCUGCUUAAGAAAUACAAAGUGACAGCUUAUCUAAGUGGACAUGACCAUAACAUGCAGUAUCUACAGGAUGACAGCGGUAUUGGAUAUGUGCUGAGUGGGGCUGGAAAUUUCAUGGAGAAUUCACGGAAGCACGAGGCUGCAGUUCCCAUGGGCUACUUGCGGUUUUUCCUGGGCGAAGGUGAACCUAUGGGAAGCUUUGCCUACAUCAAGGUUACUGAUAAAGAAAUGAAUAUUACCUACAUACAGUCUGGAGGCAAAAGUCUUUUCCAAACCACCCUCCAUCCACGAAAGCUGUAACCCUAGCUGCUGUAGAGAAACCUUGUUUACAUAAUGGACAUUCUAUUUGGAUCAAAUGCUUCUGUGUGUGUCUGUAUUACUGUAAAAUCCUUGAAGUUCCUUCCUUCAAAUAUUGCUUAACCCAUGAGGAUGCAGGCGGGUUUUAUGGUAGAUAAUCUAAGCGUGUGCCAAAAAUAUGAACAGAGUACAAGUUUUAAAGGCUAAUGUUUACAUAAACUGGCCAAUGCAGACCUGGGACCCCAGUGGUUUACAAUACACUACAGAUGCACAUGAUACUUGUAGGCCUUUUCUGUCGCUCAUGAAGCCUAGCUGAAAUACUGCCAAUGUUUAUAUUUCUACAUCUUGGCUUUUUUUUCCCAGGAAAUGUCAGACAUUGGGCGCUCACCCCCAGCAUUGCAGGAGUAAGUGUGCUUCCCGAUUCGAAAAUUGUGCAUGUGUUCUUUUUCUGUUACACCAAAGACUCUCCAGUCGUACAUGCCCAUGCCGAGUAGUGGUGGACUACAAAAAAUCGCCACCAAGCCUUCUUCUUUAAGGGCAACUAAAGAGAUUAUCUCCUUAAUUGUCCUCAAAGAAGGUGGUUUAGUGGCCAUUUGCUUGUAGCCCAUGUCCUAGAAAUAAAGCAGGAUUGGUUGGCCCUUUUUGGGAGUAUUUUUAGCCAGGCUUCAGAAAAGGCCUAAAAGUAUGGCAUUUGCAUUCAAUUAUUAUAUUUUCACAAACCACACAAUGCAUUUUAAACUCCUGAGGACCAUUGUCUGCAUGGACCAGUUUCUGUACAAGGUGAACUUGGCCUUUGAGAUUGUAUGCUGUUUGAUGUUUUGUAUUGAACAUUUCAAAUGUACUGCAAAUUACAUGAAAUUUUGAGCAGAUGGA